UUUAUAUGUGAGUAUGCAGGAGAAGUCAUUGAUGCUUCUAGAGCAGGCGAGUAUGGGAACGAAAGUGGGGAUGCUUAUAUCUUUGAUGCCACUCGGAACUAUCCACCUCUGGAAGCUGUGCGAGUUGGUCAGGAUGAGUCUCCAAAAAUCCCAUUUGCCCUUGUUAUAAGUGCAAGAAAUUACGGGAAUGUUGCUCGAUUCAUGAACCAUAGCUGUUCACCAAAUGUCAUGUGGCAGCCAGUUGUGCGUGAGAAUAAUAACGAGGCAUAUUACCAUAUUGCCUUCUUCGCCAUCAACCACAUUCCUCCUAUGCAGGAGUUGACAUUCGAUUAUGGACUGAUCCAGUCAGAUAGAGGAGCAGAUCGUAGGAGGAAGAGGUGUUUGUGUGGAUCACCAAACUGCAGAGGAUUUUUUUACUAGCAGUCCUUGAG